AUGCCUCGCAAAUUCGUGCUGCGCUAUGUUCACCGGCUCACACCCCUAGACUUCCUUCAACAGGAGUUAGCGACCGCAAAUCUGCCAGUGCAGAACUUCUGGUUCCUCGAGAACCGGCAGUGCCGCGAAAAAUGCGAUGCACUAGUCAUUGAAGUGCCACAGAGCUGCGAUCCGAACCGCAUUCUCUUGCUAAAAGAGUUCGCCAGCAUGGCCAUCCGCGUCGAUGACUACCGCCGCCCUUCAGGCCCCAGCCAGUGCAGCAAGUGCCAGCAGUUCAAUCAUGUUCGCAAGGGCUGUAGAGCCGCGCCCGUCUGCAGGUGGUACAGUUGCCCACACCGCGCUCCCGACGGCCCUCUGGCCGGGCAACAAGAGCACAAAAAAUGUGCUCACUGCCAGGAACAGCACUGCGCCAACUACAAGGGCUGCAGUGAAUACAAAAAGGAAAGCUGUAGACACCUUCCCCAGGUCCGCAAAGCACGCGAACAGCAGUCUCGCCGCGACAUCCGCGAGAACAGGCGAGCCGCAACACAUCCUGCGCCCCAACAGCGAACCCCUCCGGGUUUCUUUGGCCCUCCGGGAUCACAACCAUGGGGCCCCACGAGGCACACCCUGCUCCCGGGCUUCACCCAGUACACGAACAACAGGUUCGACGCACUGACACACCACAGCGUACCCAGCUACAAUGAGCUGGACUACCCUGUCUUCGCCAACAAUCCAUGGCAGCGCAGGCUGCGACCAAAGCAGCAAAAGAAAAAUUGGACGGGCCACAAGAACGGCAAUGGAAGAAAACAACAUCAACAACAACAACCGACCCAUGCUGCCCCGACCAAGGAAAACCCCGCCGCGGCCCCGAGACGAGUGACGUCACCAGCAGCUGCCCAGAUCAUGGUUGUUGACACAGCCCCUGUGUCACCACCUCCCCCACCUACACCCACCACCGACACGCAGGUUCCACACCUGGAGGAUGUCCAAUCCAUCCUUCUAAACAAUAAAGCCAUAAGUGCCAACACUCAAUUGCGCAGUUACAUCGGCCCACUGUGCUAA